ACAGCUAACUAGCUCCCAUUUCAAGUCUGUCAUCAUCGUUCAUCCUUCGUUACAAGCUACCAGAAUGAGUACACUUGAAUCACCGCCAAGAUUAGUUUCUCAGGAAUCAGCACCAACCUUGGUUUCUCAAGAAUCAUCAACGAUAAUUGAAGGAACAGAAGAAGUUAGAAGCGGGGAUGAGAUAUCACUGUUCCGAGGGUGCGUACUGGAAGGAAGAUGGGAGUUCGUUAUUCCUGCGUACAGAAACGAGAGUGAGUUUCACAAAAUCAGAAUCAACGAAAGCAGAGGCACUGCACUGCAUGUGGCAGUGAAUGAUGGGAAAGUGGAGCUUGUUAACAUUCUUGUUGGAUCAAUCUUGAGCCACGAAGGGAGGGAAGUGGUGAGGAGUAACAGUGCACUGAGAUCAACCGAUGAGAGAGGGGACACUCCUUUGCACCUUGCAGCCUCAAGAGGGUUCAUUUCCAUGAUUAAGUGCAUCAUUGGGGAAAAUGGUGAAAGGAAGGAUCUGAUUAGGGUUAGGAACAACAGGGGUGAAACACCUCUUUUCAGGGCUGUGCUCACAUCCCAAACAAAGGCCUUUGUUUACCUUUACAAUGUUUCCAAAGGAUUAGAAGUUCCUCUUAAGAACUAUGAUGGAGACACCAUCCUUCACCAUGCCAUUUGGAGAGAAUUCUUGGAUUUGGCAAUUAUAAUAAUUCAUUGCUAUCCUGAACUUGCGAAAACACCAAACAAAGAUGGAGCCACACCUCUCAAAGUUCUUGCUCGCAAACCUUCGGCCUUCAAGAGUGGAACCAAUCUCCCAUGGUGGAAACAAAUUCUAUAUUAUGGUAUUCUUGUAGAACCUCUAGAUGCUGUGAAAGCUAUAAAAUCCUACACGGAGAAAGUUGAAAAAAUUGAUGACCAUGAACAAAAAGAUAUUUCAGUGAGUAUACAGUCAGUAAAUGAAGCCAAGAAAGCACAGAUUUUCGUGGAACGAAAGUAUGCCACAUCUGUUCGAUUUGUAAAGAGUGCUGUUCGAUUUGCAUUCAAAUGCCUCAGCCUUUCAGGAUUGGGCGUCACUGCACAAGAUUUAUCAUCAUUUUUCUGA